AUGUCGGAAAUGAAGCUUGAUCCUAACGAUAUGUCCAGGUUCGCCAACCUGACGAUCCUGACGACCACAUACAAGACCGUCUCAGGGCACUCCAUCUCCACAGAUGUUCUUAUCCCCAAGAGCUUGACGGAGGCCUCGACAGCAUCUUCAUCUCCGUCGCCAAUCAUUCUGCGCUACCACGGUGGUGGUUUCAUCGCGGCUUCCAGUCUCUUCCCCAGCUUCUUUCAGCCAUGGUACUUUGAGCUGGCAGAGCGCCACUCCGCUGUCAUCGUGAGCCCCAAUUACCGCCUUGUGCCCGAGGCCUCCAUGGACGACGUGCUUGAGGACAUUGAAGAUCACUGGAAGUGGAUCCACGCCGAGUUGCCAUCGUUCAUUCAGCAGCAAACCAAUAACCGCGUUAGCGUCGACACCAAGCGAAUUCUCACAGGAGGUGACAGCGCCGGCGGGUAUCUCAGUCUGAUGGCCGGCCUUCUCCACCCAGACGAAAUCAGAGCCAGCGUCGCAGCUUACCCUUGCCUGGACCUCAAGGCUGCACAGUUCAAGGACGGUGCUCAGGGUCCCACACUUGGUCAUGAGACUGUGCCGUAUAGCGUCGUUGAGGAACACCUCAAGAAGGUCCGCGAGGGUGUGCUCCCCUCUGUGGUAUCCGAGGAUCCCAAAUUCGAGCGCGCUUUGUUGAUGUUGGCCUUGACGCACUACGGGCUCGCGAAAGACAUGUUUCCCAAUGAGAAGCGGUACCUCUUUCCGUUUGACAAGCUGGACGACGGGGCUCGAUUCCCUCGUGGUGGCGUUUUCGUCUGGCACGGUAACGAGGAUUCCAUUGUCCCGGUAAUUGGAAGCAAAAGGUUGAAGGAAAAAAUUGAGAAGUUGGAUCCUGAGUUGCCAUUCUAUUUGGCUGUGCGGCCUGGCGAGCAUGGAUUCGAUCACGAUGCCAAGAUUGACGAACCCUGGAUGGCUGAGGGGCUUGAGAAGCUUGUCAAGGCUUGGUUGAAGUGA